AUGCACAGAGGCUGUGUCUUCGCCACAGCGGCCGCGGAAACUCUACUAAAAAAUCACCAGCUGGGAUCAAGACAAGUGGAGGGAGAAGGCAGUGUUCCCGGGGUAGCGAUGGAUUCAGGUAACCCUUUGCUAAGAGCCGUCUUCCUCCGCCGCCUGCGACUCACACGGCUGCUCCUGGAGGGAGGCGCCUACAUCAACGAGAGCGACAGCCAGGGCCAGACGCCCCUGAUGGUCGCCUGCAGGACCCAGCACAUUGACGCCCAGAGCGCCAGCCGCGUCAAGCUGGUGCAGUUUCUUUUGGAAAAAGGAGCUGACCCAAACAUCCAGGACAAAGGGGGUCUCUCUGCGCUGAUGCACGCCUGCCAGGAGCACGCCGGCCCCGAGGUGGUGUCCCUGCUCCUGGCCAGCGGAGCCGACGUCAGCCUGGAGGAUCAGUCCGGGACGUCGGCGCUGGUCCACGCGGUCAUGGCCGGAGACUGGAAGGUUCUGAAGCUGAUGUUGGACACUUGCAAAGCCAAAGGGAAGGAGGUGAUCAUCAUCGCCACCGACCAAUUCCCGUGUGGGAAACUGCAAGCCAAGCAGUACGUCAGCAUGCCUCCUCUCGAUCCUCUUGAUCAGAGGGAGAAAUCCGCAGCUCCUGCAUCUCCCUCUGAAAUCCAGCUCAUCACCUCCCCUCAGUGCACCUCCUCGUCCUUGUGUCCCCCAAAGACCGUCUUCUCAUUUAAAGACGCCCACUCCUGCGGUGCAAGCUCCCAUCCAUGUUCUCCGUCACGCUUUCAAAGGCUUGGCCAAGCGGCGCCAAACGGCCUGCAGCAGCCGCUCCUGAGGUUGAACUCAGAGCCCUGGCUGAAGAUCCCGGCGUCUCUGGAGUGCCGGCAACCUCUUGCGACCUUGUCUUCAGAUAACAGCGAAGAUCUCAACCAAACUGAGGACGUAUCUUUGAGAAUUCCCAAACUAGAUGGCAAAAAUUUAACAAUUGACAGUUUCAAAUGGUAUGAAGGGAGAUUAGACAAAGGAGCAGAAGGACAAAAUGCCAGCGACUUGGGACAAAAGAUAUCUCUGCCAGGUCUCCUAUCAUCCCACUCACACCCCAACCUCCAUUCUGCAAACCUCGCCACAGAUUCACUCCCCUCCUCUUCCUCCUUCUCUGGUGACAAAAACCUCGGCACUCCCCUUCACAGCAUGGCCUCCUCGUCGAGCCUUCACAGCAUAAUCCAGAGGCGCAAGCUUGGGGCGGACAUCUACAGCUCCGACCCCCAGCUGGCCAGAGACGUCCACAAUCUGCCCGAGGAGUCGCAGCAGAGAGCAAGAGACCUAACAGAAGGCAAGAGGUUGGCUCCUCUACGUUGCUCCAGCACACUGGGAUCCAGGGAGUCGUUAUCGACCGGCCCGAGCAGGAGAGUGCUGUCCGGGUUCGAGCGCAGAGGCUCCGGGGCGUACUUGUUGGACCACAACUCCCAAGCAAAGCCAAGAUCUCUGCCACCUCUGGCUAUCAACAACACUCCCAUCCUUAAUGUUUACAACCUUAGCUCCAGCGCUGGUUUCUGUGACAAAGAGUCCGGCCUGAAAAGUUUCCAUCCCUCCGCUCCUCCUGGACACCCCAAAGAGCUCACCAGGAGGAUGCUGCUGAGGAGACACUCGAUGCAGACCGAACAGUUCAAAACGACCGCGUGA